GUGUAUCCAAAUGUCUGCGUAUUGCUUAGAUGACGAGUAGUAUUAUUGUUAAAGUUACCAGAGCUGCAAACUUAUUUUUCAGCACUAUGUGUCUUUAAUUUAAUCAUAUCUGUGUCGUAUUAUAUCAUCAUCUCAUAAAAGCCACAAUGGCAAUGAAACGGAUUUGGACAUCCGUGAUUCAAAAGGCUCACCAAGAAAAAGAAGAAAUCGAGGAGAAAGUUAGCAAUUUGGAAAAUGCAGAUCCCGAACUUUGCAUCAAGCUCUUACAUUAUCCUUCAAUGCAGAACUUUUCCGGAUUAAAACAUAAAAUUCAAUCGGCUUCUGUUGAAUGGAUGCUAUCUUUUUUGGAACAAGAUGGGUUAGAUGUACUCUUUGAAACUCUGGGUCGAUUAUCGAAACAAACUGCUCAAUCCAAAAAGUUUUCAUGGAAUCGUUCAAUGGAGUUGCUGCAAUGCGUUGAAUGCGUAAAAGCAGUAAUGAAUUCUAAAACCGGGCUGGACUUCAUUAUAAAACAUGAAGAAUAUACCAGAAAGUUAUCCGCCGCAAUUGACACUCCUAAUAUCAUGAUCAAGAAGCAAGUUUUUGAGCUCAUGGCGGCGUUAUCUCUAUACUCUGAAAAGGGAAAACGUCGUGCGAUCGAUUCUAUGGAAAACUUCAUGAAAACGAAAAUGCAACGUUACCGAUUUAGUAUCGUUGUCAAUGAAUUGAAAGAAGCUGAGAAUAAUCCGUAUCAGAUAUCCGUUUUAUCUUUUAUCAAUGCUGUGAUAAUUUCAAGUGAUUCCUUGACGAAAAGAAUGCAGAUUCGCAACGAAUUUAUUGCAUUGGAUCUUCUUGACAUCCUAGCAAGACUGAGAAGUGAAGACGUAGAAGACUUACUCAUUCAAAUUGAAGUUUUUGAAGAGAGUAAACUCGAAGACGAAGAUGAGUACAGUGCACUCGCUGGAGAUAAAAACGUCAAUUUAAACGAUCACAAAGACAUAUUUGAAACAAUUUACAACAAAACAUCUAACUCUGCACAAGCGGGAUAUUUUUUAAAUAUUUUGCAAUGUUUGCUUCAACUUGAACCAAACGAAGUAGAGUCAGAUAUGAUCUGGAGAGCAAUUGAUACAUUUGCACAAAAAGUAAGUGCAUCGCGUACAGAGAAAGAACUUCUAAAAUUAAUGAGUUCUGAGAUCAAAGUACACAAUCCUAACUAUUGCUCGUCCAACUCAUCAAGUGAUUCAUUUCACUCUUGCUCGUCGGAAGAGUCGUCAACUCAAACCUCUCCUCGACGAUCUUCUCCCGUUGCAUCAUCUUUGGUGAAUGGCUAUUCUGAUCAUAAACCAGUCGCAGGAUCUGAAAUCAAGAGUUCUAUGUCUUCUGACUCGUCUACAGAUAAAUCACUUAUACCUAAAAGUUCUAAUAUGAAUGCAACUCCUGUACCACCACCGCCGCCUCCUCCACCACCAGUAAUUGGAAACAGUGUACAAAUCCCGACUCCACAACCACCGCCUGGCAAUGGUUCGUCAAUCCCCACACCGCCGCCUCCUCCCCCACCAGCACCAGGUAUUCCACCCCCGCCUCCUCCCCCACCAGCACCAGGUAUUCCACCCCCGCCUCCUCCCCCACCAGCACCAGGUAUUCCACCCCCGCCGCCUCCCCCACCAGUAACAGGUAUUCCACCCCCGCCGCCUCCCCCACCAGCACCAGGCAUUCCACCCCCGCCUCCUCCCCCACCAGCACCAGGUAUUCCACCCCCGCCGCCUCCCCCACCAGUACCAGGUAUUCCACCCCCGCCGCCUCCCCCACCAGUACCGGGCAUUCCACCCCCGCCUCCUCCACCACCAGCCCCGGGUGCUCCACCCCCGCCUCCUCCCCCACCCGGUGCACCGGGUAUCCCUCCUCCGCCGUCUUUUUUCGGUGCAGCAGCAGCCCCGGUUCGUAGAUCGGUGAGUGUCCCAAAGCCAAAUGCAAAACUUCGAAAGUUUAACUGGCAAAAAAUACCGUCUUCGCGCGUGCAAGGUAAAGUGGAAUGUGUCUGGAGUUCUUUGAACAGCCCCGACGUAGAUCCGACAGAACUUGAACCUAAUUACAAAACAAUAGAAGAAUUGUUUGCUCAAAAAGUCAUUGAAAAGAAGGCUAAAUCUCCAGCCAAAAAAGUAGAAUCUUCUGAAAUUACUUUGAUUGACGGAAAAAGAAGUUUAAAUAUCAAUAUAUUUUUGAAGCAGUUCAGAAUGCCAAACACGGAAAUCAUUGCCCUGCUGGUUAACGGGAAGCCUUCUGUGGCCAUGACAGAAGAAAGACUAAGAAAUUUAAAAAAAUUCUAUCCAGAUACAUUCGAAGCUGAUACAUUGAAGUCAUUUAAAGGGGAUAAAUCAAAACUAGCAAAUGCUGAAGACUUUUUACUACGACUUAUUUCCGUGUCGCAUAAUAUGCUACGUAUUGAUGCCAUGAUAAUGCAACAGGAAUUCAGCGAAGCUUUCAGCAACCUCACUUCUGACUUAACGAAAGUAAUUGAAGCAACGAAAGCGAUAAAAGGGUCCAAAAAUCUAGAAACUUUCUUAGUUCUCAUUUUGAAAAUGGGUAAUUUCCUUAACUUUGGGGGACACUCUGGAAACGCAGACGCUUUUACAUUCUCUUCUUUAUUGAGAUUAACGGAAACAAAAUCUAAUAAACCAAGGAUGACGUUGCUUCAUUACGUCGUAGAGGAGGCAGAGAAGAACCAUCCACAUUUAUUGGAUCUUCCUAAGGAAUUAGCUGUUGUUUUGAAGUGCCAAACCAUAGCCAUCGAACCUAUGCUUCAAGACUGUAAUAAAUUGAACAAAGGUCUAGAAACUUUGAGAAAUAAGAUUGAUAAAUCAUCCGAAGACUUGAAAGAAACUUUUCUGCCAUUUAUAAAUAAUUCGGUAAAUGAAAUGGAAAGAGCAAACAAAGAUGUUGCAGAACUCGAAAAUAUGCGUGAGCAACUUGCAAACUAUUUUGUUGAAGAUAUAAAAAAGUUCAAAUUAGAAGAAUGUUUACAAACUUGUGUGAAAUUUGUCACACAAGUAUCUUCAGCUAUUAAAGAGAAUAAAGAGCGUGCAAUUCAAGAAGAAAAACGUCGAAAACGCCAGGAACAAUUGGCAAAACAGAAACAAGCUAGGGCCGAAUCCGGCGAGAGUGGAAAGAAAAAUACUCUUAAAAAGGUUGAAGAAGAGCAAGCGGGAGGAUGUAUCAUUGAUAAUUUAUUGAAUGACAUCAGAAAAGGCUUCAAAUUGCGUAGAGCAUCGUUAGCACCUACUUAGUUUCAAAAUAAAAAAUUUCUUCUAAACAAACCCAUCCUUUUCUCCAAAAAAUAUAGAGUACACCAGUCGUUAUUUGUCUGCAAUAUCCCGCUAUUACUUUUAUGCUUCAUUUCUAUCGCGAAAUAUUCUUAUAUCCGUCAGUUACCAGCGUUACUGUAUUCCUAAUUGGUUCCCAGAAUGAUUCUUGCUUCGAAUUUUAACCAAUUGUGAUUACUGCAUUAUUUUUAUGAUUUUUCUUGUGCGCCUUCUAUUGAAGUGUGAGUCAGGUUCACUAUUACAAAGUGAAGUACUUUUUCAUUGUAGUCGUUUUUAGAUAUAUGCGUUUAGAUAACGAAUGUUCUCUAUUAGACAAGGGUAUGUGAUCUAUUAGCUUGUUUGAUUUGGAACUGUUGUAGCCAUUUGACACCACCUAGAGCUAAAUCAUACCAUAUGCAGUGUUCCCCAUAUACAUUCCAUUCAACUGAUAUUGUGCAAUUUUGUACAUCGCCGUUGUACACAAAUAUACUUGCCUUGCUGCAACCCGAGCUUGACUUACUUAUCCAAUUAUGAUAAAUACGCGUGCAUUAUUGCGACAAAAUGUAAUAUUUGUUUGCAUUCUUGUAACAUGAUACUAAAUUGCACCUGAAAUUCACGCACUCAAAUGCGCCCAAUUAUUCGACAACAGCCAUGGUGAAUUGUGCUUUAUAUGCACUUCCAAAUGCGAUCGAAAAUGAUAAAUAUUAUGCGUUAAAUUUGGCGAUUUUGAGAUGGCAUUUGUGAUUCCUUUUUUGUAACACGAGACUAAAAAACAUUCAAAAAUCUAUAGUUGAGAGACCAGAAGUUUAUCAUAUUUUUAUUCAUUAUAUGGCACACAUUUAAACUGGCAAGUGUAUCAUAUAUAUUUGAUUUGUUUGAUUUUAAUAAUGACUGAUUCAUCAUUUUGUUGAUUGAUUUAUAUUAUAAUUUUGCUCAGCCGGAAGCAAUAUGAUUUGUAUGUACAUCGCUAUUUUGAUAUUAGCGUUUUGCUGGUUCGCUAAAUAAGACUUUGAAUAAAAAAGUUGAAACAUGA